UCCUUCUAUAUGGACGCCUGCACGUGUUGAAGUGACUGUUUACAGCUUGGAAGUUCAGAAGGGUAAACUAUACGACAGCUAUUCAUCCUACACCUCAGGAAACGGUCCCAAUAAAUACAAUUACUGGGGCACCAUCUCGAAAAGAAUGCCGAAAGUGAAAAAAUCGAAAGGUGGAGGAGGAGAGAAGAGUGGAGGAUCGGUGGCGCUGGCUGACCAGAUCCUACAGGCGGACGCGGUGCGAGCCCGAGGCCGGGUAAAGAUCAGGGACAGCAAAGCAGAAAAUGACGACAAGUACGUAGACGAGCGUCUGUCACGGAAGAUCUUACAGCAAGCCCGAAUUCAACAGGAGGAGCUUCAGACCGAGUAUGGCCUGGCACCCGAGAAGAAGAAAACACCAGUCACUGUUCUCGGGUCUGGUGCACAGGAUGCUGACUCAGAUGAAGAGUGGCCAGCACUUGGAGCUGCUGGUGCUGAGGCUGAGUGUGACACAGAGGUCAUCGUUGACCCUGAUGAUGAAAAGGCUAUUGAGAUGUUCAUGAACAAAAACCCUCCAAUGAGACGGACCUUAGCUGAUAUUAUAAUGGAGAAGAUCACAGAGAAGCAGACAGAGGUAGGGACAGUCAUGUCUGAGGUUUCAGGGUGUCCCAUGCCCCAGUUGGACCCAAGGGUAAUAGAAGUGUACAGAGGUGUUGGUAAGGUUCUUUCAAAGUAUCGCAGUGGUAAACUGCCAAAGGCUUUUAAAAUAGUCCCCGCACUUGCAAACUGGGAGCAGGUUCUCUAUCUGACUGAGCCUGAAACCUGGACUGCUGCUGCCAUGUACCAAGCAACCAGGAUCUUCUCUUCAAAUCUGAAAGAGAGAAUGGCCCAGAGGUUUUACAACUUGGUGCUGCUGCCUCGAGUGCGGGAUGAUAUCGCUGAGUACAAGCGGCUCAACUUUCACCUCUACAGCGCCCUGAAGAAGGCCUUGUUCAAACCAGGAGCAUGGUUUAAAGGUAUACUGAUUCCUCUAUGUGAAUCUGGAACAUGUACUCUUAGGGAAGCCAUCAUCAUUGGGAGCAUCCUCACAAAGUGCUCAAUCCCUGUGCUCCACUCCAGCGCUGCAAUGCUUAAGUUGGCAGAGAUGGAGUACAACGGCGCCAACAGCAUUUUCCUACGCCUCAUGCUUGACAAGAAAUACGCCCUGCCUUUCCGUGUCCUAGAUGCCUUGGUGGCCCACUUCCUGUCCUUCCGUAGUGAAAAACGUGUACUUCCUGUACUGUGGCAUCAGAGUCUACUCACCCUGGCUCAGCGCUACAAGGCUGACCUGGCCUCGGAACAGAAGACUUCACUGCUUGAGCUGCUCAAGAUACAAACACAUCCUCAAAUUUCUGCAGAGAUUCGUAGAGAAUUGCAAAACUCAGAGUCAAGGGAUAUUGAAAUUGGGCUCCCUGUAACUGUUGAAAUGGACUAAGGAUUCAGUCCAUGUUCUAGCAUCCUUCUUGGAUGCAAAUGAUUAAGUGGUUUCCACAGCACAAAGAACAGUUUGAUGAACUUUAUGAGAAAGAAUAGUUUAAAGAUAAGAGUUCUCAAUACAGUCCUAGAAGCCCUUAUUAUCCAGCUUGGAUUAGCGCGAUGGGAGAUUGAUGAAGUGUUGCAAUGUAUCAAAAAUCUCAGCUGUGUUCUUGUUGUGGUGCAGUGGCUGCUCCAGAAUAUGUAGACUGGCAUUACUGGUUUAUAAUUGAUCUCAACAGCAAACAUGUUGUUAUAAAGCUACUUGCACCACUGAAACUGAAUCCUUAAAUGUUGUUCAGUGUUUCUGUGUUUAAAGGUCAUUCAUAUACAAAAGACAUGGGCAAAGAAAAUUUUUAAAGGACUAUUAAUAUGUUUGAGUAGUAGUCAGUCCUCUGCUUUUUCAAACGUUUACUUUAACUGCCUUUAUGUCUUCAGUUUUGACACCAUAUACCAAAUUGUCAUGGAGAAAUUAAAACUAUCAUUUAACGU